AUGGGAUUUUGGGACGAUUUCACUGAAGGUCUCGAAGAAGUUGAAAAUGAAGUUAUUGAAGCCACCAAAGAAGUUGGAAAACUUGCUGUUAAUACAGGAGGGGUAGGAGAUUAUGUUGAGAAUAUAGGACACGGUCUUACUGGUGGAUUAUUCGGACUAAGAACUUCAACAGCAGGACAAAGGAAAAAUACCACCGCCAAAUGUUUGCUUAGGACCGUGAACACCAUGAUAGCUACCGACAAAGAGGUGUUAGUUAUGAUUGUGACUGCCCCAUCUGUCGAGGAGAUUAUUAAAAUUAUAUUUUG